UCCCCGCCGCUGUGUGUGUGCGGGGCUGUGCCGGGGGUGCGGGAGCCAAAGUGCCGGUCAGUGAUGGAGCCGCUGCCAUGACAACCCCGGGAAAUCAGCCUCCGCGCCGCCCAGGGAUGCUGCCGACCGGCGCUGGGAUGCUGCUGCCGCCGCCACCCCGAGCUCCGGCCGCCCCUCGCUUCGUCUGAGAGCAGCCUCCCACCCCCGAGCCCCCCGGCUUGGGGCGGGUGUCCGUACACCCCCUCUCCGGAGCCGAGGAGCAGCGAGACCCUCUCUGUCAGCUGGCAUCCCAUCGCCUGCAGCUCCGCGGGGAAGUUUCGAUCUUGCGACAGAAUCGGCAUUUUGGGGAGCUUUUGGGUGUUUUUUUCCCGUUUCCCCCUCUGUUACUUACAGAAGGCAGCAGCAGCCGGCGAGCAGCCUGGCCCCGGCCCCUUUGCUGCCCCAGCCUCUUUUCACGGCCGCCCUCCCCUUCUGCUGCCACAGACACUUACGUUUCCUCCUUGGGUUAUAAACUUUUGAUGCCAGAUCUCCGCAGCGCCUGCCCAACUGAAUCUUAAAGAGUGCCCGUGCGCAGCGGAGAUGCCACCUUCCCCAAAGCUAUGGACAACGUGACUGUGCGGCAAGGGGAGAGUGCCACGCUCAGGUGUACCGUGGAUGAGCGGGUGACGCGGGUGGCGUGGUUGAACCGCAGCACCAUCCUGUACGCCGGCAAUGACAAGUGGUCCAUAGACAACCGCGUGGUCAUCGUCUCCAACACCAAGACCCAGUACAGCAUCAAGAUACACAACGUGGAUGUGUACGAUGAGGGCCCCUACACCUGCUCCGUGCAGACAGACAAUCACCCCAAGACUUCACGUGUCCACCUCAUCGUGCAAGUCCCCCCCCAGAUCGUCAACAUCUCCUCGGACAUCACCGUGAACGAGGGCAGCAGCGUGACCCUCAUGUGCCUGGCCUUCGGCAGACCGGAGCCCACCGUCACGUGGCGGCACCUCUCUGGCAAAGGGCAGGGCUUUGUGAGCGAGGACGAGUACCUGGAGAUCACAGGCAUCACGCGGGAGCAGUCCGGGGAGUACGAGUGCAGCGCCGUCAACGACGUGGCCGUGCCCGACGUGCGGAAAGUCAGAGUCACUGUCAACUACCCACCGUACAUCUCCAAUGCCAAGAACACAGGAGCCUCGGUGGGCCAGAAGGGCAUCCUGCAGUGCGAGGCCUCGGCUGUCCCGGUGGCAGAGUUUCAGUGGUUCAAGGAGGACACCAGGUUAGCAAACGGGCUGGAGGGCGUCAGGAUCGAGAGCAAGGGCCGCCUGUCAACGCUGACCUUCUUCAACGUCUCAGAGAAGGACUACGGCAACUACACCUGCGUGGCCACCAACAAGCUGGGCAACACCAACGCCAGCAUCAUCCUCUAUGGCCCCGGAGCAGUGCAUGACGGCGGCAACGCAGCAUCCCGGGCAGCCGCCGGCCUCUGCCUCUGGGCUGCCCUCCUCGCUCGCCUCCUCCUCGACUUUUGAUAAGGGAGCGGAGGGUCCCGGGAGGCCCCAGUGCGCCUCUCCCCCGCCGCAGGCUCAGCCCGCCCCGCCGCCCGGGGACUCCGUCGGACGGGCGAUGGACCGGAGGACCGGCGCCAUCGUCAAGCGUCCGAGGAUGGCUCCGUCUCCCACGUGCCGGGACCGCUCUCGCCGCCGGUUACGCUGUACAGACCCCACCACGUGCCACCAGACUGUCGCCCGCGCCCCCGUCGCAGGGAUGCGGCCCGGGCGGGCGGGGCUGCCCGUGGCCACCUCGUCUCCACCGUGAGGGGGCACGGAGCUGUGGGAGCAGGGGCCACCCGGAGCCGUCGCCGGGGAUAUCUGUCUCAUCAUCUCGCUAAGCCGCCUAUGCCCAAAAAGACCCCAAGGUUGGAGCCCCCUGGCUCUGCCUUCAGCCCUCUUGGUCCUGAAUGUCAGUUCUCGCCGCCAAAGCUCCUUCCUCAGCACCCCUGAUGUCGCUGACCCCCUGUCACCUGGCCUCGCCUCUGCUUCCACGCCCUUUCUGAGAGGGGCACCCAGCACAACUGGCUGUCCUUCAAGGGGCAUGGACCUCCUGCUGCUUGUUAUCCCAGCUAACAACAGGUCCCACCUCCCCACAGUCCACCUUGCCAUCCUGGCAACACAGGGCUGCUCUGCCACAACUGUGAGGACCUGCAGACCACCAGUAGCCCUCAAGUGGACAAGAGCCUUCCCACCAUCCUGGACACUGAGAUGCCCUGGCUCAACACAUUGGGUAGUUGAGCCAUUGCCUUUCCUCACUCCAGACCCCCUUCUGCUCUGCUGCUGCCCUUCUGAUGUCCUUUUGGCUCUUGCCCUGAUGUGCUGAUGGCACUUGUCAUGGAGAUUUCUCCAGGCUGGAUUUCCAAGCACUUUCUGACCUGCACAUCAAAAGCACAGCACCACCAACACCAGGCGGAGGCAAUGAGUGACACAACAAACCCAAAACUCCAAGUGAUAAGAUCCUUUUGCUAUGUCUCAGAUGCUCAUGGCCAUCUGCACACUCCCAGCCUCAAGGUUUGCACCUUGACCACUCCAUGCCUUGCUGGUCCAUCUCUUGGCAUGACCUCCCCAUACUGUUCAGCCAAGCAUCUCUGCCUCCCCAGAGGAUAGAAAAACCACAGAAGCCAACCCUGAGCUGCAACAUCCACGCUUUGCCUUUUCUCACACCUGCCACAUGCUCCUGUCCAAGGAGAGUCUGAUGCAUUCAACCCUGCAGAGAAGGGCUCAGACUCUGCCCUCUGCUUCCUCCAGCCACCCUGGAGCUUCUGCACCCUUCUCCGCUGCUCAGCACAGCAGCAGCCAGAUCAUCUUUCUAUGCAGAGAACUGCAUGCCCAACAGCACCCUGUGCCAUGUCCUCUCCCACUGGUUACCCAGGAGAAGCCCUGAGGCUUCCUGAUGCUCCAUGUCUGCCCAGGAAUGUUUUGGGGCCACUGUCCAGGGACAGACCCUCCUGUCCUCCUCCUGGAAAGUCACGCACAGUGCCAGACCCUGUGCUUGUCACAGGGAGCCACACUCUACAGCGACACGCUGAGCAAGCACACACAGCAGCUCCCUGUCUCCACCCAGCGCCUCCCUGUGCCUUGCCCCUCGUCUUCCUCUCUUCUUGAUAUGGUUUAAGAGCAAUGGUCUCCCUCACACACCGUCCUUCCCAUGCCAACUCUACUGCUGCCAAAACCUUCUUGCCCUGCUGUCCUGUGUUCUGUGGCUGUGAGGAACCUGGGGCUGAUGGUCCUUGGUGCACAAGAUAGGAAAAAAUCCAGCCCCUGCCCACAAGGCGCAUCACCCCAACCCCAGUGCAGCCAUGACCCUCCCUCAUCCCUGCUCUCAGUGAGGCACCUGGGACGGGCACUGGAGGUCACAAGGCUGUCACAGUAAGAAGCUACAGCUACAAAAUCUCUAUGGAUGCUCCUGCCCCCUCAUCCUGGAUGUUCAACCAGUAUGUACCACAGCUGACUGACACAGUAACUCAUGACUGGAGGUGGAGGGCUGCUCUGGCACAGACCCAGCACAUUGGCUUACCUGACUGGUGGGGAUCGGCAUGGCACGGCGCUGACCAGGCAAGUCCAUGUCUUGUGGUCCCUGAGGUGCUGCUGUGCCCCUUCUCCACCGGCAUCCCAGAAGGUGGCACCUUCUGGCCCUGGGCACUGCUACAGAGCAGGAAUGCCACUGUCUUCAGCCAGCACAGGGACACACACACAUAUCCUUCCCCUUGUGCCCACUCCAAAAGUACCCUUGGGGCAUAGGAGACUCCUCUCCUCAACACCUUGCCUGGUCUGUGCCUCCCCUGCACCUCACCAUCUCCCUGUGCCAGCCUCAGAUUUCUCUCUCCUCGGCAAACUAGCUCUGAAUACACAGGGCCAGAGGCUGUGGUGUAUUGGAGAGAGGGGACAAUGAUGAGAUGCCACAGACAUGCACUGCAGGAGGCAGACCUGGCACCGGGCCUGCCCCUGCCUGUCCUUCUCCUCCUCGGCUCUACUCUGCUCCCCUGCCCUCCUCCACCAGGAUGGCAUUCAACUUUCUUGUGCCAUGUAACGUGCCAUUGUGAGGAACGUGUUGGCUGUCUGAGGCCGGCCCUGCCGUAGCUUGGCAGGGAGGUGAACCCCAUUCAGAUGCUCGGGGGAUGGCACCCGGGGCUUGGGGGAAGGAGGGGGCGAUGCUCUCGGGUCCCUCGUGCCGACGGCCGGUCUCCAGUGUCCGUCGAUCAUUGUAUUCCAGGGGUGGCUCUACUACCUGAGAUUGUGCAUGUUACAUUGUAGUUGUAACCUUUUCUAAUGCGGCAAGAGUAAGAGAUGGUUGUGAUUGUGCAGUGUAUCAAUAAAGUUUGACGAACUUUGUA